ACGUCAUCGCUUCCUGCUCAUAUAAGCCCGGGUCGCGCAUCAGUGUCGCUACUGGAGAAUGAGAGAGACACAAGCGAAACACCACAGAACCAAACAUUGGACCAGUCAGUCCUCUAGUUUUCAUUUCCAUUUUCUUCUGUCUCCAGGUGUCUUAUAGUAGCAAAGAAGAUGGCCAUGUCCACCAGCGCCAGUUUGAGUAAAACUGUGAAACAGCAGUACAUGGGGCUCCCUCAGGGAGAUAAAGUCCAAGCCAUGUACAUUUGGAUUGAUGGUACCGGAGAGGGGCUCAGAUGCAAAACCAGGACUCUUGAUUUUGAACCCAAGAGCAUUGAAGAUCUCCCCGAGUGGAACUUCGACGGCUCCAGCACGUACCAGUCUGAGGGGUCCAACAGUGACAUGUAUCUGCUUCCUGCAGCCAUGUUCCGUGACCCAUUUCGUAAAGAUCCCAACAAACUGGUCCUGUGUGAAGUCCUGAAGUACAACCGCAAACCUGCCGAAACCAACCUUCGGAUCACAUGCAACAAGGUGAUGGAGAUGGUUGCAGAACAGCAUCCCUGGUUCGGCAUGGAGCAGGAGUACACCAUCCUGGGCACGGACGGACAUCCAUUUGGCUGGCCAUCUAAUGGUUUCCCUGGACCACAAGGUCCAUACUACUGUGGUGUUGGGGCUGACAAGGCCUAUGGUAGAGAUAUCGUGGAGGCCCAUUACAGGGCAUGUCUGUAUGCUGGAGUCAACAUCUGUGGCACUAAUGCAGAAGUGAUGCCCGCUCAGUGGGAGUUCCAGGUUGGACCUUGCGAAGGGACCAACAUGGGUGAUCACUUGUGGGCAGCGAGGUUCAUCCUGCACCGCGUCUGUGAAGAUUUUGGUGUUGUUGCAUCAUUUGACCCCAAGCCCAUCCCAGGCAACUGGAAUGGUGCAGGCUGCCACACAAACUUCAGCACAAAAGAGAUGAGGGAAGAUGGCGGACUGAAAGCCAUUGAAGAUUCCAUUGAGAAGCUUGGGAAGAGGCAUCGCUAUCACAUUCGUGCCUAUGAUCCCAAAGGGGGGCUCGACAACGCUCGCCGUCUCACUGGUCAUCAUGAAACUUCAAACAUCCAUGAAUUCUCUGCUGGCGUGGCCAACCGUGGUGCCAGCAUCCGCAUUCCUCGCACUGUUGGUCAAGAGAAGAGGGGCUACUUUGAAGACCGCCGUCCCUCAGCCAACUGCGACCCGUAUGCAGUGACCGAGGCUCUGAUCCGCACCUGCUUGCUGAAUGAAGAGGGUGAUGAACCAUCGGAUUACUAAAUGUUCAACAUUUGGACUGACCACACAGCCCCGCUGUCUCCCAACUUUAUAUUUUCUUUGAAAUAGUACUGUAUCUUUUUUUUUUUUCUCUCUUCCACUGAUGUGUUUUGGUUUUUUUUUUUAACCCACAUUUUUAAUGGCUUAAAGUUGGCUGGUCAACUUAAAAACAUGACAGUAAGGUACAUAUACAGCUAUUGGCUGAUAAUGUCAGCAUAUACGUCUUUAGGAGGGAUUAGCUUUUGUAACAGUUUUAUAGCCCAUAUCAUUUCCUUUUUGUCCUUCUUUUGUCUAUUGCUGACUAAAAUGAACUUAAGCACAAGGACACUACAGGGUAGGGCUGCUACGGCUGUACGACAUGUGUAACUUAAAACAAACUCGCUAGUUUAUGUACUGUUAAUUGUUGACCUUACUUUUAACUAUUGAGUCAUCAAUGUUACUAACGCUGUCAUUUUAUCAAGUGUCUAUUUUUAAAUGGCAAUGUUUGUCCCUGGAUUCUGAUACACGGGGUCCACUUGUAUGGUACACUUUGUAGAUGUCUGUACCCAGAUGUAAGUUGUUAUAAUGUGGAUCUGUCCAUUAUGCCAUUUGUAGAUUCCUCAAGGAGUUUUAUCCUUUUGUUAACUGAGAUAUUGUAAUGCACCUGAUCUGGUAGAACAUCCAAGUUGACUAAACUUGGUGUUUUUAUUGAUACAUUUAAAACUUUUAUUUUUAUCACAA